ACACUUUCUCUUCUCUAUGCAACCCUAAAAGCAUCGACGCCUCAGUCCUCAGCCCGAUCGACGCCGCUGGAACAACUGUCGACAAGAGAUAAGAAGACGCCGCUGUGUCUGAAGCUGCUGCCGACGAAGGCCUUGCAUGUCUCUGAGUCCGAUGGUGCAGCCGUGAUAUUCCACCGACUUUGACGCCUCUUGCUUGGUAUCCAUCCACCGGCCCUCAACCCGACGCCUCGGAGUCGGAGAAUCAUUUCCGCCUCUCAGCACCAGGCCUCUACUGUUCAGAUGCCAAAUUCCUCGCGCAAUUCAAAUGCAUCAAAUCGAGGCCGCGGCCGUGGUCGAGGCGGAGGCCAAACGUCUCGCGAUCACUCGAUGGGAGACAAUGAUGGGUCGAAUAACAAUUCGGGUCAACCCGACACCCCCCUUUCUGGUCAACUCUCUCAUGUGCGUGGGGGUGGGGGUGGUGGAACGUCCUCACAACCUCAGAAUGAGCGGGCCGGGAACCAAAGAUGGAUAACGGCGGAAGAAGUUCUCGGUGAUGGAACAAUUUUACCAACCAUUGAAAAGAUUGUCUCUGGACAUUAUCCUACCGAGGCUUGUGCCACGUAUGGUCUAAUAUCAAAAAAGCUGCGGACUCAAUACUUUGACCAGUUCACGCACGAAUAUAUGUGGAAUCCGAUUGAGACGGAUGAGAUUAGGAAGAACUUUCAUACUCGUGCAUCCGGUUGGCUCACUUCUACAUUUUCCCAUGCCCGAUCUGACAAUACCAAGCCGGGAUGGAUUACGGAUGUUGCGUGGCAGACUCUUUUGGAUCACUGGGAGAAUAAUGAAAGGUUUAAAAGAUACAGUGAAGCAGGGAAGAAGAACAGAAACUGCCCAAAUGCAAAGAAUACCCAAUGGCAUGGUGGGCGUUCAUCAACGUUUGACCAUAAUAAAAAAUUGGAAGAAAAGAUGAAGAAGAAAGUUAGUAGAUUGGUACUUUUGAACAAGUGUUGGGCUCCGAAAUCUGGGCCACUUCCACCCCGUAUUGCCGAGAUAACGAAUAAUUAUGAAGAAUUGAUGACUGAGAAGUUGACUGAAAUUGCUGCCGCCGGGGGUGAAGUUGUUGAGGAGGAGAUUGAUGACGAUGCAAUCAUCGUAGAGGCUGUUGGUGAUCCGGUGAAGGGGCGGUUGCGGGGAAUGGGCUCACUCUCUCGCUCCAUUCUAAGAAAAUCCCGUGGUUGUGGUUCUUCUCAAUCCGGACCUUCUCGGAAAGAAAUUGAUGAGUUACGUGAGGGGUUAAAAAGGCAGCAGGAGAAAGAAGAAGCCCGAGAAGCUGAAAUGCGGGAAAUGCGGGCUUUGGUUGUUAAAUUAUCGCAACAAUCUCAAAUGGUCAUGGUGGGCGGAUAUAACCAAGGGUUCUCACAAAUACCCUUUGGCAGUUGCUAUUCCCAGCCCGGCAGUCAGAUUUUUUUCACUACACCGCCGGGUGGGAUGCCGGGAGGGGGGAUGCCGGGGGGGAUGCAAGGGGGGCAGCCGGUGGGGCAGCCUGGUCACCAUGGUCAGCCCGGAGGUCAGCCCGGCGGUCAGCCCGGCGGUCAGCCCGGAGGUCAGCCCGGCGGUCUGCCCGGCAGUCAGCCCCACGGUCAACCCGGAAGUGAUUUUGAUCUCCGGGGAUAUUUUGCGGAUCACGAUCAUGAUGCUCAAUUAUAAUUGAGAUUUUUUUUAAUGUAUUCGAAUUUUUGUUACGGAAAUAUCCGUUGUAAAACAAUUUAAUUUUUUUUUAUGUUUUUGGAUUCUGGUCAGAGAUUUUUCCCUAACAAGUUUGAUAUAUUUGUGCGCACAUAAUAUAUAUAUAUAUAUUAACAUCAAUGGCAG